AUGUCAGACAGCAAAAUUUUGCCAAAUCUCCCCUAUCUUUGUCUUGCUCAAAUAAUCUUUGAAUUGUCUGAUAGUAGUAGCGACCUUUACUCAUGUUUGUUUGUCAACAGCAUGUGGUGCAGAUGUGCUAUUGCACACUUAUGGCAAAGACCCUUUUGUUGGCCCGGCGAUAAAGCGGGUAGAAUGGUCGCCAAGUUUCUACAGCUGUUUCCACAAGGGUACCUUGAUGAUUUAGAAUAUGUAAUGGGUAUUCAUAUACCACCUCAUAAUUCGAAACCAAUGUUCAACUAUCUACACUUUGUCAGAACUAUGAAAAUAUUGCACUGUAUAAAUGCGAUAGAAUAUUAUCUUGGUAGCUCCUUUGGUCACGAUUUAGACGUUUUGAAUGAUACAGAUAUAAGGCUAUUACUUCUCAAGCUCUGCAGGGGAAUAGUUGCAAAUUGCCCUUUACUGGCAGAAGUUGAUAUGAAGCUUGGAUAUGACAAUGGAUAUGAUGGCUACAAAUGGACAGCAUCGUCUUGGAAUUUGUUUAGAUUUAGAGGCUUGAACACAAAUCUCAAUUAUUUACGGCGGUUUAAAUUCUCACAAGGGUUUCAUCCAAACAUUCUAGACAGUGCUGCAGAGACAUUGACAAAUCUUGACUUUUUUCAAUUUGAUUGGUCAGAGCAUGCAAUAUGUACAGAUGGUACUAAGUGGUGUAGUGCAAUCAGCAAGCUUUUAUGUAAUCAGAAAGGUUUGAAAGGGGCAAGUCUCAACCUGGAGUUUCAACCUAGUGAAAUCAAACUACAAUCAAUCUGGCAAGCAUUAUAUACUCAAGCAGAGACUCUUAGAAAAGUCAAAGUACUGUUUGCAGAUGAUGAUAUAUGUAAUUUAAUCAGUACUUUCAGUAAAUUUACAAAUCUUUAUUAUGUUAAGUUGAUUGGUUGUACUUUCCGUCCACGGUAUCAUAUAUGCUUUCCACCAGAAAUAUUUUCCAAUCUCCAUGUACUGAAAUUAGAGGAGAUUACAACCAAUGUUUAUGGCCUUGAGGCAUUACUUGGAAAUGUGAAAACAAGACUGGAAACACUGUCUGUAAAGGAAAUUUAUGAAGUAGAGUAUGAUAUAGAACUGUGGAAAAGAUGUGCAACAAACACACCUAAUCUUGUCAGUUUAGAGGUCCGACUGGAUUUAGAGGAUUAUGUUCCUUUAAUACAAACUAUUAUUCCAUUGUGGAAACGUCUGAAAAAUUUGACUAUUUAUGUUUGGAAAACUCAAUUUCAUGAGCAAGGUAAUUUAUCAUUCUCAAAUGCUUUAGUAUUGCUUGGAACAAAUCUACCAAGUUCAGUGAAAUUUCUCAGGUUAGAGAUCUACUGUCAGCACCUAUCAUCUGAAACAUUUACUUUAUUUCUACGUAACUGUUCAGCAAAACUUGAAUCACUCUCUCUUAGAAUUAAUGGUGUUAUUGAUGACAACUUUGUUGUUACAAUGUUAGAACAUAUGGGAGAUAGCUUAAAAUCAGUUAAUUUAAAUGGCUCAGGAUCUCUUUCUCCUGAAAUAAGAGAUAAAUUGGCCAGCAUUCCCAAAGUUGUUCUUAAUGUAUGGUAA